GGAUAUUAAGAAAUGUCUCGGGAAUUAAUAAAUCACAUGCAACGCGUGUCCAAACUCCUUCAACCAAUUAAGACCAUCCCGAAGGAUGGAGCGGUCAAGGGUGUCAAUGCCUCAAAGAGCUACCAGUUGAUGAUCGACAUGGGCAUUAUCCGACAGUCUCUUCCUGGUAUGUACACACUGCUACCAUUGGGUAAUCGGGCACUUGACAAGCUCAAACGAAUCGUUAAUACUGCAAUGGAGAGCAUUGGAGCUCAAAAAAUCGUUCUGCCGAAUUUAACUGACUCUCGAUUAUGGAAGAAGACUGGUCGCUUGAAUGAAAUGGGUGACGAGUUGUUUCUCGUAAAAGACAGGCACAAGCAGCGUUAUGUAUUAAGCCCUACCUACGAGGAGUCAAUAACGAGUCUAGUCGCCGACGUGAAGCCUCAGAAGAGUCACUUGCCUCUGUUGUUGUACCAAAUAUCGAACAAAUGGAGGGACGAGAUGAAGCCCAGACUGGGAUUAUUCAGGGGACGAGAAUUCGUCAUGAAAGAUCUUUACUCCUUCGACGCCUCUGCAAAAUCCGCAGGGAGGACUUAUGAGGAUGUCGCCCGAGCCUAUAGGGGAAUUCUCGAUCACAUCGGUGUGCCCUAUUCCAUCGUGCAAGGGGACACUGGAAUCAUGGGAGGAAUCAUCUCCCACGAGUAUCAUUAUCUCGCUGAUAUUGGAGAGGACACCGUUGUAUCGUGUAAUGCCUGCAAUUUCCAGGUGAAUUCUGUAAUUUUCCAGGGAGAGACGUGUAAAAAUUGCGGAGGAGAAGUAUCCAAAAAAUCUGCUAUCGAGAUCGGCCACACUUUUCUGUUGGGCACAAAAUACUCAGAAGUGCUGCAAGCAACUGUGCACACCCAGGGGUCAGAAAUUCCUCUGGUGAUGGGUUGCUAUGGUCUGGGCCUGACUAGACUACUGGCAGCAUCUCUGGAGAUAUUGUCCACGAAUGAAGACCUUAGGUGGCCAAAAGCCCUGGCUCCCUACACCGUCUGCAUCAUUCCACCCAAGGAGAACAGUAAGGAGUCCCCUGCAGCUCACUUUGCCUAUGAAAUUGCAGAGAACUUGAUGGAGAGGAAUAUCGAUGUGAUUUUUGAUGACAGAACGCAUCUGACUAUUGGCAGGAGAAUGCUUGAUGCCAGAAGAACUGGCUAUCCUUACGUUGUAGUCGUCGGGAGGUCUGCCGUGCAGGAAACCCCUUUGUUUGAGUUUCAUGAUGUCAAUGAAGGAGAGAGAGAAGACGUUAGUUUAGAUCGAUUGUACAAUUUCUUUGAGAAUUCAGCAUCUGGCAGAACAACACGAUCACAAAUUGCUGUUUAAAAUCAGGAAUUAAGAUAUCAUGUUUUUUUAUUGGAUUGAAAAAUCUUUAGAGAAUUAAAAAAAUUUCAUAAUAUGAAAAUAUAAGGAUAGAGGAUAAAUUAAUGACUAUUGCUUUGUUAUUGAAAAAUACGUCAAUGUUUAUUUUCCUACUAAUGUCUUUUUUUUUUACUUUUUGCUUUCGAAUGGAGGAAAGAAGCAUUGUCAUAGUUGAAAUUGAAGUUUUGUAUUUUUUGAGUUAUGUCGAUCGAUUGUACCUCAAAAAAAUUAGAAAAUCCAAUUGUUAUUUGGGGAAUUUAUCUUUCAAAUCUCAUCUCCCAUUGGGCCUUAAUGCAUCAGUGGAAUGGACUGCUUUUUUUUCUCAUAUGUAAAUACUGUCAAGUCCUGGCCGCCGAUCUAAAUUAAAAUUCCAUUCAUUUAUCAGUUUAGUUAAUUUCCAAGUUGCUUCAAAAAUUAUUUCUUCCAUAAUAACUGAAGGAAAAAUAUUAUGAAAUACUUCGAUGACGUAUCGAUGUAUAGGAAAGAUUGGGGCCCUUCGCCGAAUAUCCGACUUCAGUUGAAUUUGAUCAGAUCUUGAAAUGAUAGAUUCAAUCUUAUACGGAUGAAAUUAAUUACCAUAGCCAUGUUUAUUGAUAUAAUUGUUAUUACGGCUUUCUUUAUUUAUUCCACAUUCAUACGAUUAGGUGAAAAGCAAAUAUUUGAAUACAAUUGUCGAUAAGAUUUCAUCGAAAUUUCCAAAUGAAAGCGUAAUUACUCACUUUUCUCAAUUGAAAUAAGAGUCGUAGAAA